GAAGAAGCAGUGAAGUUAAAAAGCAUUCUCACAACUCUCUGGCUUCGGUGGAGGGCAUAGCCUCACUGAUAGGCCAUGUAAAAGAACCCUUAGAUUGUAAAACUCACCCAAGCCCACGCGCUAUGGCAGGCGGCGUAGGUGAACAGCCCAACCCUCCUGCUGCAAACGCCGGCGAUUUCCUACUCUCUCUCCUCCAAAACCAGCACCACCUCCAACAACAACAACAACAACAUCAGACUCAUCCACAACAGCAACAUCAACAGCAACAGCAGCAGCUGCAGCAUUCUCUGACCGUCGAUCCUGCCGUCGCGGCUGUGGGCCCCUCCCUCCCCUUCGCUCCGCUUCCAUGGCCGUCCAUCUCUAAUGGCCCUGAUCUGCCCUAUCCUCUUUUUCCUUGGUCUCACUCUGUCUCCCCUCCCUCGGGUUUUCCUCCGAACUUCCUAGGGUUUCCGCAAAACCCUUUCCCCCCUCCUCGGAAUCAGUUUCCUGGAAACCAUUUCCCUGGGAAUCAAAUUGCGGCCAAUCACAUUCUCCUCGGUGAGGACUCGAGAACAUUAGCGUUUCCGGGUAAUGACGCUAGAGGCAGUCAUAGAAUCGAUAAAUUUAUUGGGCAGCAGAAACAUCAAGAGCCUGAGCUGAAGUUCGGCUCCUUUCCUAGCGAAAUCCGGAGCACUGAGGGUUUAUUAAAGGAGAAUUCUGAGGGCUCUUUGGAUAGUUCACAGUUCACUAUUUUAAAGGAGCGAGAAACAGGUUCAGGGAGCAGGAGCUACAAUGGGCUGGAUAGGAAUAUGGCCAAUCCUCGGGCGAAUUCUGAGUCAAAUCAAAAUUCUGACGCUCUUCGGCGUGGGAAUUAUAUUUCUCGGGAGCAAGAGCGACGAGGGGGCGAAUUAGGGAAGCAGUACCACAGUGGGAACUAUAAGUCUACGCCGCCACCCCCACCGGGGUUUCCAAGCCAGCCUAGGGGAAAAGGGAAUUGGGAUUCUGGGAAUGGGAGAGGGUUGGAGCACAAUGUGGAUAAGGAAAUGGCGAAUUAUCUUGAAUUUGGUAACAGCAACGUUUUCUGGGAAGCUGAGGACUUCAUGAUGAGGAGAUUAUCAAUGAAAGACGGUAAAACUCGCGGUGAAAAGCUAGGUCAAUUGGCCCUUAGUGGACAGCUUGAUCACCCAGGACCACCAACGGGGAGUAACCUUCAUUCCGUGUCGGCUCCGGAUAUGGAAAAGUCCAUAUCGAAGUUGCAUAGUGAAAUUGAUCAAUAUGAGAAUGGCAAUAAUUACCGAAGUCGAGACAAGUUGAAGGAGGAAAGUCACGAACUGGAUGAUUUUAGCGAGCAGCUUGUGGAUUCAUUGUUGCUCGAUGAUGAGUCUGCUGGCAAGCAUAGCUCAAGCCAACGUCGUAUUUCUCGAGAGAAGGAUGCCAGGAAGGAUAACAGAGGGAAACAGCUACUUAGCCAAAGGAUGAGAAUAAUGAAAAGGCAGAUGCAAUUACGAAGUGACAUAGGCAUAUUUAAUGAACCUUUUCUUGCAAUUUAUGAGUCCCUAAUACCUGCCGAGGAAGAGAAGGCAAAACAGAAGCAAUUGUUAGAAUUAUUGGAGAGACUGGUUUGCAAAGAAUGGCCUAAUGCUCGGAUUUAUCUUUAUGGAUCAUGUGCAAACUCGUUCGGAGUUUCUAAAAGUGAUAUUGAUGUUUGUCUUGCAAUUGAAUACAGAGAUACUGAUAAGUCUGAGAUCUUACUGAGGUUGGCCGACAUUUUACAGUCAGAUAAUCUCCAGAAUGUGCAGGCGCUGACACGUGCUAGGGUCCCCAUAGUAAAGCUUAUGGAUCCAAUGACUGGACUUUCCUGUGACAUAUGCAUUAACAAUGUUUUGGCUGUCAUAAAUACUAAGCUUCUACGAGAUUAUGCUCAAAUAGAUGCGAGAUUACGGCAGUUGGCUUUUAUUGUAAAACAUUGGGCCAAGUCAAGAGGAGUCAAUGAAACUUACCAAGGAACUCUGUCUAGCUAUGCGUAUGUCAUAAUGUGCAUACAUUUCUUACAACAGCGCAGGCCUGCUAUCCUUCCCUGCUUACAGGAAAUGGAGACUACAUACUUGGUGACCGUAGAUGAUAUUGAAUGUGCUUUCUUUGAUCAAGUUGAAAAACUACACAAUUUUGGAUCACGUAACAAAGAAACUAUUGCUCAGCUGGUGUGGGCGUUUUUCAACUAUUGGGCAUAUCGUCAUGAUUAUGCAAAUUCUGUCAUAUCUGUUCGUACAGGAAGCAUAAUCAGGGAGAAGCAAGGUGUGAAUUUUUUGUAUGGGCCGAUAUACUUCAUUUGCUAGAGGAAAAUUUUCGUGCCCGUGAGAAUAAGGCGACAAGUAUUUCGUGGAAUGAAGUAUUACAGCACGAGUAUGCCGUUCGGAAACGAGAAGAUAAAGUGAGAGAAAUGGCAAAGAAUCUGAAAAAGAAAAAGCGAAAACUUUUGAUUUUCUACUGGAUUCUGACAUUUGUAAUAGUGUUUAUUUGGUUUGGAUAAAUACUAUGUAAAGUAGUUGGGCGAACUCUUUUGGGUUUUGCAUGGUUCUUUUGAGGUGCACAUGGUUUGUGGAUCAAGACCAUGUAUGUAAAUUGUAUGGUGUUAACCUAUUAGACUGUGACGAACUUUUGUGCAAUUAAAUUAAUUUUGGUAGACUUUAGCAAA